AUGGACGUUUACAAGCCAACCGUUGGAGAGUUGACGAACGAAGAAAUGUUGACGGCAUUAACACUCUGCAUUAAACGCGCUCAAGAACUGGCAUUCGCAGACGAAAUCUAUGCCUUAAAGAACAACCUGGAAUUGCCUUUGAAGUCCAAUUUGCGCGCUUUCAGACCCUUUCUGGAUGAAGUUGGACAGUUACGUGUAGGCGGACAAAUAUUGCAUGCUUCUGUUGAUUAUUCAACAAAAUAUCCCAUUCUUCUUCCAGCCGAUCAACUCGUUACGCACCGGAUACUAUGGCAGCACCACACCCAGAAUCUUCACAUUAAAUCGGAAAGGUUGCUGACGGAUCUACGUACACAUUACUGGAUAAUUUCUGGACGUAAGGAGAUCAAAUUAGUCGUCAACGAAUGCUGGCUGUGCAAGCGUAGGUCAUCGAAACCCAUUCCACCAGACAUGGAAUCGUUACCAGUCUAUCGGCUCAUUCCCUAUCUUCAACCUUUCACAUUUACGGGAGUUGACUACUUCGUCCGUCUAAUUAUACGAGUUGGUGGAAGAGGGCGUAGACAUGAAAAACGUUGGGUGUGUCUGUUUACGUGCCUAACAACGAAAGCCGUUAACUUGGAAGUAUCCGAAGUUCUUAGUUUCGAAGAAUUUCUUCUCUGUUUUGCCAGAUUUGUGAGUCUACGAGGAAAGUUAAUGCUUGCUUACAGCGAGAACGCAACCAAUUUCGUCGCUGGGGAGCAAGAAAUUCACCAGGCUCUAACGGAAUUGAUAGAGUAA